UAAUGUCGAGUAAUCGUCAUAAAAACAAGUCCGCAGAGUGGUGGUACAGCGGUUAGCGCAUGAUCGUGAUGUGGCUGGCGUUCAGUUCCUGAUAUUAGAACCAGUCGAGGCUCCUCACCUCCACUCCUCCCUCCCCUUUAAAACCAUGUGCCAACACGGUGAAGUAUGGUCAAACCCCCGUGACCAACACGUCAUUUGAGCAUUGACUUAACAAAGGGGUGUAAAUUCAUAUUUAUCCCAAAAGAACAAAUUAUUAUAAUUGAAUAAUACUGAUAUAAAUAGUGAUAAGGGAAUAAAUGGACAUACUUUUCCUGGUGCUUUUUUUAUAUGAAUUGUACAAGUAGAUAAAUAUUUACUUUUGCAAGGGAUGUUCAUGAUAUAGAUUAGGUCACUAAAGUGAAUGAACUUCACACUGAUGUCUCUGUUAUGUUUAGGAUAACAAACGCGGUAGUAUGCUAGCUUUCAUCAAUUUCACGUUUCUUUGCCCUAUUUAUAAACAAUAGAGGAAAGUACAUGCUUUACUAGUUUUCAUCUCACUCAAGAAAUAACAAAGUAUGUCUACAAACAUACAACCAUCGUGUAAUUAAAUAUAACAACACUAGCAUUUAAUAGACUGCCAAUGUGUUAUAUAUGUAUACACACACACUUCAAUAGAGCUAUUUUCAUUAAAGGGCUUUUUAGUCUGAUCGUAGCUUAUGGUGGAAGGCCAAAUGGAUGAUCUUGAGGCCCGAGGGUCCUUGUAUGUUGUGGUACAUCAGGAAAUGGAUGGUAUACACUGACACGCCUUUAAGAACUGUCGAAUGUAUUUGGUUACCCUCAAAAUGUAAUAAUGGUCCCUGCUUCGGCACACCGCCACUUUGCUUUGAGAAGGAACCGGAUGACCCUAUGGACUUGAUUUUGGUUUGUAUGUGGAAGCAACUUUUGAUGUCCAGAUCAAUAACAAAAUUUAAACUGAUGAGCGUAUAUACUUAAGUGGUUAACACACUUUUUUUUAAAACAUUUAACUUACCAUUGUAUGUUUGACCAUGUUACACUACAUUUGUGAUAAAAUUCGAUCUUGUUUACCUGCAUUCUGACUGACAGAUUUCAGCUUUUUGAAAGCCUAAUCCCAAGAAAUGUUCUUAAGAUUUCCCAUCUCUGAACGGAUUUAUUUUCCAUAAAAAAACAGUCAACUAAUGCGCAACGGAACAGUGCUCCAUGUUUCUUGAUGACCGGGAACAACAACAUACGAAAUGUUCACUUUCCGUGUCUGCCCAGAGAAUCAAAAUCAGAAUCUUUAUUUAGACUGGAGAAAUCUGAUGAGCUAUUAACCUCUUUUUAACAGAUGUCCAGUAGGGGCGGGUCAGAAAAAAUUAUAGGCGGAGCCCAUCCCCGACCAAGAUAUGAAUUUGAAACUUCUAAUCAUGACACCACCUGGCAAGACUUCAAAUGAAAAUGAUGAAUGGAUUAUAAAAGUUAUCUUAAAUUAGUAUUAAAAACAUUGCUAAUGUAAUCAUCAGCAUAAAAAAAAUAGCAAAGACGUAUGUAAAACCAGAGCUGGAUUUAGGAUUUUCCAUGUUGUAACCAUGCCCCAAGGCCCUGCGAUACAACUAGUCUUGCUCUGAUUCUGUAGGUCCUGAGUGUACUGUAAAAAGUUUAGUUUCCAAGCCUCCCUUAUUCUUAGGCUUAGUAAGCAUAUGUAUUAGCAUGAGCAUUAUAUAAGAAAUUACGUACAUUUCAACAUAUAAUUGCCUUAUGCUUGCGUGUACUUGCUCAUACUCUGGUACCUUCUGGCCAUCGUUUACUGGAUUUAUUUGAGUUGGUUCAGAGUGGGUGUCGGUAAGGAUGGUGGGGGGGGGGGGCGUUCUCAGGAAUGUGAAUGCUUCUGUGAGCUUGAGGACAGACCCAUUUAUCUCCCCGUGGAGCCACUCGGCAUUGCGGCUCGCGCUCUAUUUAUAGCGUUGCUGCUGCGCUGAUUGGUCGAAUGUCCCUUGAGCAGCGGUGCGGUGCGGUGCCAUGUGUGGACUCCGAACCAUGGGGCUGCACGGCGAUGCUUCCUUUGUCGCCGUUGAGUCGAGCAGCGGAGUAUCGCCGUACACCCCUGGGGCGGCGUGCGCCAGGUUUUGGUUGAUGCUCUGCGUGGGAGAGCUGCUGUGUGUGCCUUCCACUUGUUUUCUUGGAGCAUCGCUUGGCUGACAGGUCAGAAAUCAUGCUGGAGAAGCUGACCCUGGAGGAAACGCAGGGUUCCCCAGACACUGUUUACGUGAGGUUCAUGAAGUCGCGCAAGUGCUACGACAUCAUUCCCACCAGCUCCAAACUCGUCGUCUUUGACAUCUCCUUGCAGGUGAAGAGGGCUUUCUUCGCCCUCGUCUCCAAUGGAGUGAGGGCAGCACCUCUCUGGGACAACAAGAUGCAAUGCUUUGUGGGAAUGCUGACAAUUACAGACUUCAUUAACAUUCUUCAUCAAUACUACAAGUCUCCGAUGGUGCAAAUUUACGAACUGGAGGAACACAGGAUCUCAACAUGGAGAGAAGUUUACCUUCAAGACUCAUUCAAACCUUUGGUAUCUAUAUCUCCGAAUGCAAGUGUCUUUGACGCGGUAUACUCGCUCAUAAAGAACAAGAUUCACCGACUGCCUGUGCUGGACAGCGUGGCGGGGAAUGCACUGUACAUCUUGACUCACAAGCGUAUCCUCAAGUUCCUGCAGCUCUUUGCACCGGAGAUGCCUAAACCGAGCUUCAUGAGUCAGAGCCUGCAGGAGUUGGGUAUCGGCACGUAUAAAGACAUCGCGGUGGUGAGCCCCAGCACGCCCAUCAUCAAGGCCCUCGGCAUAUUUGUGGAACGCAGGGUGUCUGCUCUCCCCGUUGUGGAUGAAGAUGGAAAAGUUGUUGAUGUCUACUCGAAGUUUGACGUCAUUAAUAUGGCAGCGGAGAAGACCUACAACAACCUGGACAUCACGGUGACACAGGCGCUGAGCCACCGCUCUCAGUACUUCGAGGGCGUAAUCCGCUGCUUCCGCCAUGAGAGCCUGGAGACCAUCAUCGACCGCAUCGUCAAAGCCGAGGUGCACCGACUGGUGGUACUGGAUGAAAAGGAGGUGGUGACGGGCAUCGUGUCCCUUUCCGACAUUCUGCAGGCCUUGGUGCUCACACCUGCAGGUAUUCCAAAGAGAGGGAGUGUGGUCACACGGGAAAUGCAAGACUCCAGCACGAAUGUCUGAGUGGCCGUUCAUAAUUCCUCAUUCCAUCACUCUUGGCCCCUAGUUUGCAACCCAUAUAGUCUGGCUGAAUGAAGUUGUAUUUUGUGUUCUCUUGGCUAUGGAAUAAGAGAGGCUUGUAUUGAAAAUGUCAAACUGCUGAUGAAGGAUAGCGACAGACAGGUGCAAUGGGUGUCGCUUUCUUGAGAUUUGCCCACUGCAAUGUCAUAAAUAUUCUUUCACUGCUGGCUUCUCUGAUGGCACAUAUGCUCAGCCUCUCAAAAUGUUCAGCCAUAAUUAUAACAUUUUUAUUGGGCAUUGAAAAAAUCGGGUAAUCCCCUUGGGACAAUUAUGAAUUGAUAUAUUUUUGUAAUGGCUCAUAUUCCUCUUCACUUGAAGAUGCCUAUACAUAGAUCCAUCUAAGCCUGACUUGCAGCCCUACCACAUCUAAGGAACUACCUGUUCAAGUUAUCUUGGGUGGCUCAAACUGAAGUCAUGAGCAUAUAUUAUUGUGGGAGAACUAUAGCCCUUUGAACUCUUUGGAGAUUGCCUGAAUAGCAAUAUUUACUAGCAGUCGUCAUUGGUGCAUGACUUUUAGCCUACAAAAGCUUUCUUGUCAACGGUUAACAGGUUUUAAAUAUUUACACGGUCUAACCCAAUACACUUCUAUGGAUGAUAUUAGUCGCGAAAGCCUACGUGUUUAACCGAGGUUUUAUUAAAUCAAAAUGCCUAUGCACACACCCAGCACUUGAAGUAUCUGUAAGAGAUUAACUUGUCUUGAAUUUGUGUAACAUUGAGAGACAUUUACUUUACGAUUUGGACCUUCAGUCAUAAAAUGUCUUUGUAUUUCCUGCAAGCCAUUCAGCAUUGUACCUGCUAAAAGUGUUUAUACUAGGGCAUGUGUGUGCAUGAUUUGAGCACAACAUUCCCAAUGAGUGCUGAUAAUUGAUGACUGUUUUGAUCACAAAUGCCUUUCUCUGUAUAUGAUAUAUUUUUCUGGGGUUGUACUGUAUAGUUCUAAAUCUAUUUGACUCCAAUUUAUGUAGCAGUAGAGUUUUCACUCGCGUGAGUGUUGUGGCACUUUUUGGGUUCGUAUGUGAAGCACUAGGCAUUCAACGUAUGCAAGUCGGUCACUUGAGAGUAACUUGGAAAAAUUAUGUUAAAGGGUAAUUUUCUGUUGUGAUGUUUAGCCAUGUUGCACAUAAAGCUGCCUUUCACCUACAUAAAUUGGAGUCUUGAAUGUUUCUGCCUUCAUUUAGAAGGUAAAAUUAAUGUUCUAUAACAAACAGUAUUACAGUAUAUGCCUUGUGUGGUUUUGAAUAAAUAUUCCAAUUGCAUAAU